UACCAACUCCAGCAUGUCGGAUUUGGAGAAAGAUGUGGGCUCCAAUGAACCCAGGGAAACCAUUUGGUACACCAUUGGAGAGCUUGUGGAAAUGGUCGUGUGUCCAGGUUGUGGAAUAUCUAUGGUGUCAUUCAAAAACCGCUUCGCCCACAUCAAGAAGUGCUUUAGCAUCAAGAGACGAGGUCCUUUGUACAGGAUUCACGGAUAUGCGGAGUGCAAGUGCGGUUUCCUUAUAGCGGACACGGAAAAAGCUCGAAAACUGCAUUGUUGUUCGGGAAAACUUCGCCCCUGCAAGCCAUUCAUACGAGCUGAGCCAAAAUCACCCGCGAAAGAACCCGCUGAAGAAGUUAAUCCAUCAAAAAGGGAACAGGCUUUGCAGCCGUUGAUACGCAAUUUUAUAAGCCCCAUCAAACAGCAGGAGUUUCCAUGUCUGGACAUUUCAUAUUCCAGUAAAUCUAAUCCUAAACCAACGUCGAGGCCACGGGUCCGUAACUUCGAUAGGCCACCCAGAAGUCAAGCUCCAAAGGAAGUCUGUGUGUACUCCAUAAUUCGGAGGAAUGGGACUAUCUCAGUGACCGGAAGAUCCAUCGUGAGGUACCGGGGAGGCAAUGAAAACCUUGCCAUACUUAAAAGGCGUGAAGUUAGACUGCCUGCAAGAAGAAAAAAUGAAAAACGUAUAACAUAAUUAUGUAUAAGUAAACUAAGCUGUAGGUAAGUCUUUAUUAUUAAGAAAGUAAAUAUAGUAUGUAUUUAAUAAGACUCAAGUAAUUAUAUGUUUGUUA